UGGCAGCCACAACAUGGGAAGCAUUCAGCCCAGUGGGCUCUGGAUGAUGUCCUUAUAGGAAUGAAUGACAGCUCUCAAACUGGAUAAGACAAAUUUGAUGGCUCUAUAGAUUUGCAAGCCAACUGGUAUCGAAUACAAGGAGGUCAAGUUGAUAUUGACUGUCUCUCUAUGGAUACUGCUCUGAUAUUCACUGAAAAUAUAGGAAAACCUCGUUAUGGAACCUGGGAUUUUCAUGUGUCAGCAUCUACCUUCUUACAGUUUGAAAUGAGCAUGGGUUGCAGCAAGCCCUUCAGCGAGGCCCACAGUGUGCAGCUCCAGUAUUCUCUGAAUAAUGGCAGGGACUGGCAUCUUGUCACUGCAGAGUGUGUUCCUCCUACCAUUGGCUGUCUGCACUACACAGAAAGUUCAAUUUACACCUCAGAACGAUUCCAGAAUUGGAAGCGGAUCACUGUCUACCUUCCACUCUCUACCAAUUCUCCCAGGACCCGGUUCAGAUGGAUUCAAGCCAACUACACUGUGGGAGCUGAUUCCUGGGCUAUUGAUAAUGUUGUACUGGCAGGGUGCCCUUGGAUGUGCUCAGGACGAGGGAUUUGUGAUGCUGGACGCUGUGUAUGUGACCGGGGGUUUGGUGGACCCUACUGUGUUCCUGUUACCCCUCUCCCUUCAAUUCUGAAAGAUGAUUUCAAUGGGAACUUACAUCCUGACCUUUGGCCUGAAGUGUAUGGUGCUGAGAGAGGCAAUCUGAAUGGUGAAACCAUCAAAUCUGGAACGUCUCUCAUUUUUAAAGGGGAAGGACUAAGAAUGCUUAUUUCAAGAGAUCUAGAUUGUUCCAAUACUAUGUAUGUCCAGUUUUCACUUAGGUUUAUAGCAAAAGGUACCCCAGAGAGGUCUCACUCUAUCCUCCUCCAGUUCUCUGUCAAUGGUGGAAUCACGUGGCACCUGAUGGAUGAAUUUUACUUCCCUCAAACGACCAAUAUACUUUUCAUUAAUGUUCCCUUGCCAUUCAAUGCCCAAACCAAUGCGACAAGAUUCAGGCUCUGGCAGCCUUACAAUAAUGGUAAGAAAGAAGAAAUCUGGAUUGUUGAUGACUUCAUUAUUGAUGGAAAUAACUUGAACAACCCUGUGAUGCUCUUGGAUACAUUUGAUUUUGGGCCCAGGGAAGACAACUGGUUUUUCUACCCGGGUGGUAAUAUUGGUCUUUAUUGCCCAUAUUCUUCAAAGGGAGCACCCGAGGAAGAUUCAGCUAUGGUGUUUGUUUCAAAUGAAGUUGGUGAGCAUUCCAUCAGCACCCAUGACCUAAGCGUGAAUGAGAACACCAUCAUACAAUUUGAGAUCAAUGUUGGAUGCUCCACUGACAGCUCAUCUGCUGAUCCAGUCAGACUGGAAUUUUCAAGGGACUUUGGAGCCACCUGGCACCUGCUGCUUCCCCUCUGCUACCACAGCAGCAGCCACGUGAGCUCCUUAUGCUCCACUGAACACCACCCCAGCAGCACCUACUAUGCAGGGACAACCCAGGGCUGGAGGAGGGAGGUCGUGCACUUCGGGAAGCUGCAUCUUUGCGGAUCUGUGCGUUUCAGAUGGUACCAGGGGUUUUACCCUGCUGGCUCUCAGCCAGUCACCUGGGCCAUUGAUAACGUGUACAUUGGUCCCCAAUGUGAAGAGAUGUGUAAUGGACAUGGAAGCUGCAUCAAUGGAACCAGGUGUAUAUGCGAUCCCGGCUACUCAGGUCCAACCUGUAAAAUAAGCACCAAAAAUCCCGAUUUUCUCAAGGAUGACUUUGAAGGUCAACUAGAAUCUGAUAGAUUCUUAUUAAUGAGUGGUGGAAAGCCAUCUAGGAAGUGUGGAAUCCUUUCCAGUGGAAACAACCUUUUUUUCAAUGAAGAUGGCUUACGCAUGUUGAUGACACGAGACCUGGAUUUGUCACAUGCUAGAUUCGUGCAGUUCUUCAUGAGACUGGGAUGUGGUAAAGGUGUUCCAGACCCCAGGAGCCAGCCUGUGCUUCUACAGUAUUCUCUCAAUGGUGGCCUCUCCUGGAGUCUUCUUCAAGAGUUCCUUUUCAGCAACUCCAGCAAUGUGGGCAGGUACAUUGCCCUGGAGAUACCCUUGAAAGCCCGUUCCGUUUCUACUCGCCUGCGCUGGUGGCAGCCAUCUGAAAAUGGGCACUUCUACAGCCCUUGGGUUAUCGACCAGAUACUUAUUGGAGGAAAUAUUUCUGGUAAUGCAGUCUUGGAAGAUGAUUUUACAACUCUGGAUAGUAGAAAGUGGCUGCUUCACCCAGGAGGCAAGAUGCCAGCUGUGUGUGGCUCUACUGGAGAUGCCCUGGUCUUCAUUGAGAAGGCCAGCACUCGUUAUGUGGUCACCACAGACAUUGCUGUGAAUGAGGACUCUUUCCUACAGAUUGAUUUUGCUGCCUCCUGCUCAGUCUCAGACUCUUGCUAUGCUAUUGAAUUGGAAUACUCAGUGGAUCUUGGAUUGUCAUGGCACCCGUUGGUGAGGGACUGUCUGCCUACCAAUGUUGAAUGCAGUCGCUAUCACCUACAGCGGAUCCUGGUGUCAGAUACUUUCAACAAGUGGACCAGAAUCACUCUGCCUCUUCCUCCUUAUACCAGGUCCCAGGCCACUCGUUUCCGUUGGCAUCAACCAGCUCCUUUUGACAAGCAGCAGACAUGGGCAAUAGAUAACGUCUAUAUUGGGGAUGGCUGCAUAGACAUGUGCAGUGGCCAUGGGAGGUGUAUCCAGGGCAGCUGUGUCUGUGAUGAGUUAUGUGGCCUGUACUGUGAUGAGCCUGAGACUUCCCUUCCAACCCAACUCAAAGACAACUUCAAUCGAGCACCCUCUAAUCAGAACUGGCUGACUGUGAAUGGCGGGAAACUGAGUACUGUGUGUGGAGCUGUGGCUUCAGGGCUGGCUCUCCAUUUCAGUGGGGGUUGUAGUCGAUUGUUAGUCACUGUGGAUCUAAACCUUACUAAUGCUGAGUUUAUCCAGUUCUACUUCAUGUACGGAUGUCUGAUCACACCAAACAACCGUAAUCAAGGUGUUCUCUUAGAAUAUUCCAUCAAUGGAGGCAUCACCUGGAGCUUGCUAAUGGAAAUCUUCUAUGACCAGUACAGUAAACCUGGAUUUGUCAAUAUUCUUCUCCCUCCUGAUGCUAAAGAGGUUGCUACUCGCUUCCGCUGGUGGCAGCCAAGACAUGAUGGCCUAGACCAGAAUGACUGGGCCAUUGACAAUGUCCUCAUCUCAGGCUCUGCAGACCAGAGGACUGUCAUGUUAGACACCUUCAGCAGUGCUCCAGUGCCCCAGCAUGAGCGCUCUCCUGCAGAUGCCGGCCCUGUUGGGAGAAUUGCUUUUGACAUGUUUAUGGAGGACAAAACUGAAGUGAAUGAGCAUUGGCUCUUCCACGAUGAUUGUACAGUAGAAAGAUUCUGUGACUCCCCUGAUGGUGUCAUGAUCUGUGGCAGUCAUGAUGGACGAGAGGUGUAUGCAGUGACCCAUGACUUGACUCCCACUGAUGGCUGGAUUAUGCAAUUCAAGAUCUCUGUUGGAUGCAAAGUGUCUGAAAAAAUUGCCCAGAAUCAAAUUCAUGUGCAGUAUUCUACUGACUUUGGUGUAAGCUGGAAUUAUCUGGUCCCUCAGUGCUUACCUGCUGACCCAAAGUGCUCUGGAAGUGUUUCUCAGCCAUCUGUAUUCUUUCCAACUAAUGGCUGGAAAAGGAUCACCUACCCACUUCCUGAAAGCUUUGUGGGAAACCCGGUCAGGUUUAGGUUCUAUCAGAGGUACUCAGAUAUGCAGUGGGCAAUUGACAAUUUCUACCUGGGCCCUGGAUGCUUGGACAACUGCCGAGGCCAUGGAGAUUGCCUAAAGGAACAGUGCAUCUGCGAUCCGGGAUACUCUGGGCCAAACUGCUACUUAACGCACUCUCUAAAGACUUUCCUGAAGGAACGCUUUGACAGUGAAGAAAUUAAGCCUGACUUGUGGAUGUCCUUAGAAGGCGGAAGUACUUGUACUGAGUGUGGAAUUCUUGCAGAGGACACAGCUCUCUAUUUUGGGGGAUCCACUGUGAGACAAGCUAUUACUCAAGACUUGGAUCUCAGAGGUGCAAAAUUCCUGCAAUACUGGGGACGCAUCGGAAGUGAGAAUAACAUGACCUCUUGCCAUCGGCCCAUCUGCCGGAAGGAAGGCGUGCUGCUGGACUACUCUACUGAUGGAGGAAUCACUUGGACUUUGCUCCAUGAGAUGGAUUUCCAGAAAUAUAUUUCUGUUAGACAUGACUAUAUACUUCUCCCAGAGGAUGCCCUCACCAACACAACUCGACUUCGUUGGUGGCAGCCAUUUGUGAUCAGCAAUGGGAUUGUGGUCUCUGGGGUGGAGCGGGCUCAGUGGGCACUGGAUAACAUUCUGAUCGGUGGAGCAGAAAUCAAUCCCAGUCAGCUGGUGGACACUUUUGAUGAUGAAGGCACUUCCCAUGAAGAAAACUGGAGCUUUUACCCUAAUGCAGUAAGGACAGCAGGAUUCUGUGGCAAUCCGUCCUUCCACCUCUACUGGCCAAAUAAAAAGAAGGACAAGACUCACAAUGCUCUCUCCUCCCGAGAACUCAUUAUACAACCAGGAUACAUGAUACAAUUUAAA